CUAAUAGUUCAGAGGUAUCUUCGCAUCCAAGGAGCAGGAAAGCCAGAUUGUAGAGAUUUGGUGAGCUGAGUAGGAACGCAGAAAGAGCCCUCUUUUAGCUGCCACCAUGUUCAAAAAGGCGUGCCCCGUCCACUCCUCGCAUCGCCUGUCGGGGGCGGACCGCAAGAAGCUGCGGCGGGCGAUGCGGGACAAGUUCCCAACUGCAAGUGAGGAGGACCUUGACACAAUCCUGCCCGCCAAGGGGGCAGCGGAGGUGUCGGUGUCAAAGCUGGCCAAUCGGUCGCUGCUGUACGGGGAAGACGGAGGGUUGCCGCUGCUAUUUGACGGCGACGGGCGCGGGCAUGAUAUUUUCCCAACAGUGUACGCGCUCUGGAAGAUCCCCAACCUGCUCCCCUCCUUCACCCUCAAGGGCGGCGAAGUCAGCCCCUACAUCCUCAGCGGCGCCGACCUCAUGUUCCCGGGGGUUAGAGUCCCUACCGAGGGGCUCCCCCCGUUUGCGGCCGGCGAGAUCUACUCAGUCCGGGUGCCUGGAAACCCCUUCCCGAUUGCCGUCGGAACCACGGCGUCGAGCAGUGCGGAAGCGGAGAAGAACGGGUUCAGGGGGAAGGCGCUGAAGGUGUAUCACUACUACCGGGAUGCUUUGUGGGAUCUUCCAGAGGGGAAGUAUUCGCCGAAUGAGGGCUUUGGAGAGAAGAUGGUGAUGGGUAUCGGGGCAGGCGAGGAGGCUGGAAACGCAGAGGCGCCGGAUGGGGGCAAUGAGAACGGAGACGCGAAUGUGCACGAAGGAAGUGGAGAAAGUUUACAUGAAGAGGGGAGCGAUUCAGGGCUCGAGCGAGAAGUGGAAGGGUUGACAAUUGACGGAGCGCAAGCAGGGGGGCCGGGCAGGGAACUAGAGGGGGGAGAGAAAGGGGAGACAGAAACAGAAGGGGAGAAAGCGGCGGCGGCGAUGCGGCCGGAAGAGAUGGACAGGUUGCUGGACGAGUGUCUGCUGCAGGCGCUGUACACGACGGUGAAGGACAAGGACCUGCCGAUGCCGGCUGGAAACCUGUGGAGUCAUCAUGUGCUGCCGGCCCGGCCCCCCGACGCGCAUGUUGACAUCAAAAAGUCGACCCACAAGAAGCUCUCGAAGUGGCUCCAAGCGAAGGCGACCGACGGCCUGGUGAAGGUGAAGGAGGACAAGCACCGCAAGGAGCUGAUGCUGCUGAGCGUCGACCGGGGCCAUGCGGAGUACCGGGCGUACCACCCGGUCAAGCGGGCGCAAACCGCCGAGGGGGCAGCGCAGCCAGCGGCGUCGACAUCGGAGGCUGACGGGCAGCAGCUAGAGGUGGUUGAGGUGUUCAAGCCGGUGAAGGAAGUGAACGCCAUCUUGCAAGCAGUGGGGGCUGACCCGUCGGCUUACUACAGCCCCCAGGAGGUCUUCGCGCUGGUCAUGCAGUACGUACAAGAACAGAAUCUGGAAAAGCCCUCGGAUCGGACGACGAUUGUUCUGGACGCGCCUCUUUGCGACGCUCUUUACAAGGGCAAGGUAAAGAAGGGCGACACGUACCCGUCGGAGGUCCCCAAAGCGAACGUGGGGCGGGAGUUCCUGGCGCGGUUUCAGGCGCACCAUCGAGUCUCUCGGGGGGACAAAUCAGCCACGCGGAAGGGCGCUCUGAAGAACAUGCAGAUCGUGGCGGAGCAGCGACAAGGCCGCAAGAAAGUGACCAAAGUCACGGGGCUCGAGUCGUUCCUGGUGGAUCCGGAGCGCCUCGCCGAGGAGCUGCAGCGCAAGUUCGCCAGCAGCAGUACGGUGCAAGAGGUACCCGGCAAGAAGGACGCGUCCGAGGUGCUGGUCCAGGGGGGCGUGUUGGAGGACCUGGGGCGGUACCUGGUGCAGCAGUACGGGAUUCCCAAAAAGUACAUCGAGAUCAUGGACAAGACGAAGCGCCACUGAAGAGGCGCAUGCUUAUGAGAGACAUACGGAUUCUUGGGCCUUUCAGCGUGUACGUCUCUUAGUCAUUAGAUUAUGCACGCGACUUGGCGUCCUAUUCACUUCAAAUGUACGUUCCAGACCGUUGACAGUCCCUUGCGUAGUGUGGGCAGUGUGGAAGCAUUUCUAUCAAAUGCUGCGCACGCCUGUGCCGGAAUCGCUGGGGCGGCCCGUCACUUUCAACAUGUC